UGUGGGGUUCAGUAGCAUUCCUCAUUACUUGGGGCAUUUCCUCACCUCUUCCUGGAGUCACUUUCCUCUCUCCACUUCCUCUCCUCCGUACCUUUUUUUCCUGCUCAUUCUAGGAGGCCAGUCAUCUUACUGUUCCUCUUCUGGGGGCAGGUCUGAGCUCUUUCUCACCUCUCCCCAGUGGCAUACUCCUCCACUGGAGCUGGGUUCUUUCUCCAUCUGUCAGCUCCUUGGAGGGGACAUGACUUCCUUCAUAAGCUGAAGGAAUACUGGCUUACUGUCCUGCUGGGUAAGAGAGUCCAAGGCCUGGGCAGAGAGGUGUGUGUAAGUGACCCUGCUCCUUUUGCCCAUGCCUCCCUUCAGGUGUGGGGCAGCCUCACCCAUCACUCUCUUUAACCUUGUGGCUCCUGCAAGAUACAGUACAGAGGGAAGUUUAAUCCUGAGCCUGCUCCCCUUAUUCUCCAUGUGUCAUUAGGGGAUAUGAGUCCAAAGACAUGAAAGCCCCAGGCCCACCACUGCCAGACAGUGUGGCCUUGGACUAGGCAUUUCCCUGUUCCGAGCCUUGCUUUCCUCCUUCAUUAGAUGAGGAAAACAUGAGGAGUGUGUUUGAGACACUGGACACCUAGCUCUCUGGGAUUUAAGGGCCUGGCAGACAGCAGUUUCAGUCCCACUUCUGCCCUUUCUAGCUGUGUGUGUUCUGGCCAGUGUCUUAAGCGCUCAGAACCUCACUUUCCUCGUCUGGGUUAGAUCAUAAAUCUCUUCUCAUGAGGCUGGCAGAAUGGCAGUUGGGAUUUUAUGAGAGCCCAAGUCCAGCCCUUCCUCUUUCCAGCUGUGUGACCCUGGUCAAGAUGCUGAAUCUCCCUGGACCUGAGUUUACAACUAAAAAGUGGGGGGCAUAACAGUUCCACCCUGUUGGGUGGGAAAGAAGGUUGAUCACACCCUUGGGUCCCUGCCUGCCCCAUGUGAAGUGCCCGGUGUGGGAUCACUCAGCAAACACUGGCUUCUGUAAUUAGGAGUCACACAGGGAUGGAAAAUUGAAUCCAAAUUCCCUACUCGUAUUCACGACAGCCUUGGUGGGCUAGACAACAAAUCUGCUUGAACAUCUCCAGUGAACAUGCUCACCACCUCCCCAAAGAGCCUCUUCUGCUACCCAGCAGCUCUGGCUCAACUACUGUGGUUAACGGGGGGAAGAAAUGGUGAGGCACAUAGAGGGCUGGUGAGUAGUCCAAGGUCACACAACAGGUUUGAGACAGUCGGGCUAGGAACCCAGCCUUCUCAUCCCUUGCUCUUCUUGCCUGGGUGUGGAUGGCGUCAGGGCGCCCGGAGGAGCUGUGGGAGGCUGUGGUGGGGGCCGCUGAGCGCUUCCGGGCCCGGACUGGGACAGAACUGGUGCUGCUAACUGCUGCCCCACCACCACCACCCCGCCCAGGCCCUUGUGCCUAUGCGGCCCACGGCCGGGGGGCGCUGGCAGAGGCUGCCCGCAGGUGUCUCCAUGACAUAGCACUGGCCCACAGGGCUGCCGCCGCAGCCCGGCCCCCUGCACCCCCACCAGCACCACAGCCACCCAGCCCACCCCGAUCUGCUCUGGCCACAGAAGAUGAUGGGGAAGAUGAGGAUGAGCCAACAGAGACUGAGACAUCCGGGGAGCGGCUGGGCGGGAGUGAUAACGGAGGGCUUUUUGUGAUGGAUGAGGAUGCCACCCUCCAGGACCUGCCCCCUUUCUGUGAGUCAGACCCUGAGAGCACAGAUGAUGGCAGCCUGAGUGAGGAGACCCCCGCUGGGCCCCCAACCUACUCAGUGACCCCGGCCUCAGCCCUGCCCACACAGCAGUAUGCCAAGUCCCUGCCUGUGUCCGUGCCCGUCUGGACCUUUAAGGAGAAGAGGACAGAGGCACGGUCAUCAGAUGAGGAGAAUGGGCAGCCCUCUUCGCCCGACCUGGACCGGAUCGCGGCGAGCAUGCGCGCGCUGGUGCUGCGGGAGGCUGAGGACACCCAGGUCUUCGGGGACCUGCCUCGACCAAGGCUCAACACCAGUGACUUCCAGAAACUGAAGCGGAAAUAUUGAAGCCAGGGAGGGAGCCUCCCGUCCUGCGUCUGCCCGGCACCACACUACACCCCAGCCCCGUCCCCAGGGACCAUCAAUUUGGAUCCUAUGUGGGGCCGGUCUCCCCACGCCUCCUCGGAUUGACCAUUCCUGCCGACUUUUGGCACCGAGAAGCGAGAUAUGUUUGGCCUCCCGAUUGAGUCUGUCGCUGCUUUCUCUACCCAGAGACAGAUUCUGUUAGGGAUUGACUGGUUUACCGCCAGCCCCGGAGCCGUAAAUGGGUCAAAUCCGGUUUCUGCCUAGCGACAAGGGCUUUGCUCGAUGGUAGAGGCUUUUCUCGAUGGUAGAGUACAGCCGAAGCCUAGGAUUGGGUAGUGGCGCCUUCACUCCACCGUAGUGACUGGCGAGCUCUUUCAUUUGAUUGGCUCGAAUCCUACAAAGGGCUUGAUCCAUUUCCCAAGAGUCUCCAUCCGCCCUUCCUGAGUUGCCCAACCUUCCUGGGGGAGUGGCCAAGCCCCCCACCUCGACCCAUGCCCAGAAUUGGCCUUCAGCUUUCAAUAUAGGUUCUUUACACUACUAGGGCUGGGAUCUUAUACUUGCCCAAGCCCUGGCAACUUGUACCCUUGGCCUCCUCAGGGUGGGCCUAAUCUUGUUCCUGUGUCUCACACCCCCCUCUCAUCCGUUCCAUCCCUACAACAACCUGCCAAUUGAAGCCCAUACCUGCACCAGGACGGUACCAGCUCCCGCUCCUCUUCCCCCAACCCCACAGGUGCCUUAAAGGGCCCUCGUCCACCCGAGGUGGGGGGCUGGGGCCUUACUCUCCGGCCCUGGUGUGGGGGAGAGCGUGGGAGUAAGGGAUCCGGAGUUGGGAGGGACGCUCUUAAAUAAAAGAGUUUUACUUCUGACGAA